UCAGCAGCCCUGCUCUGCAAAACUUCCACUUAAUAGUAGCAUUUAACUUAAAAUGAACAUUCGAGUCUAGCAACAGUAGAAACAUGUUCGUGCAUGGUAUUAAGGGUGGAUACACCACUUCAGAUGACGAUUCUGAUGAAGACCUCAAUACCAUCGAUAAUUUGCUUUUGGUAGCCGCCCUCCCACUAACGACUUCUGUUGAAGAUGUUGAUUUUGCGCGUUUCCAGCGAAGAAGAGAAGAAUGCGAGCGAAAGGCGCGCAGAGGGGAGAUGGACCCCCGGCUGGAGUUCACCUUCCAGAUCCUCAUCGACGCCACUGGUCUUCCGAGGCACGAAAUUAUGGACCACGUUUUUGAAGGAGAAAUGCUGGACGAAAUCAACCAACUGUUUCUUCCGCACAUGAAGACCAAGCUGGUGUGGUUCUACCAGGAGAUGCUGGACACGGAAGCCAUGGCAGCCUUGGAACCGAGCAAACCAAGCACCAGCAGGCAGCUGCAGCCCAGCACCAGCCGGAUGAAUCUGCAGCCCAACGUGACGCCCAUCUACAAGAAGAAACUCUUCUUAACCGACGGCUGGGAGAUUCCUUUGAAGGGCAUCUGCAUCUACAUCUUCCGCACGAACAGCAGCAAACAACUGCCCGAAGAAGGCUUUCAGAAGGACCUGUACUGUGGCGUAAUCGAUGCUGCCAACAUCGGAAUGGUGGCCACGAUCGAGCGAGUGAUUGAGCAUGUUUUCAUGGAAGCGCUGGCUCACCCCAGCCUGGAUUGCGAAGAUGAAGCAGCCAGCUGCCCAAUGGUGAAGAACCAGCUGCUGCCCAGUCUGAGAUCCUUUUGCAGUGUGCUGAAAGUGUGCGAAGAGGUGGCGAAUGAGGGCAACCUGUUUGACGAUGGGCAGGUGCUGAUGCGCAAAGUGCACAUGGACGAGAUCAAAGAAAUGGCCAAGAUCCCCGAGAAGGUGCAGCCUUUGGAGGAACGCGUCAAAGGCUGGUGUAAACGCCUGGACGAGAUCUUGAAGGAAAGCGAGCAAAUCAGGCGCGAAAAUGAUUCUUCGGGCCCUCAAGACGAGCUGGAGUACUGGAAAAAGCGCGGGGCGCAAUUCUCGCAAAUCGCCAACCAGGUGAACUCCAGAGAGGUGCAAAUGACCAUCCUCUGUCUGAAGAUCGCGCGCUCCAAAGUCGUCAAAGACUGGCGGGAAACGGACAAGAAGAUCACCUUUUGCUACAACGAGUCCAAGGACAAUGCCAAGUUCAUCCAGGCGCUGGAAACUAAAUGCCACUCCCUAUACCUGGACGAUCCGGUGAAAAUGCGCGAUUGUAUCAUGGGGCUGUUGCAAACCGUGCGCCUCAUCCACAACGUGUCGCAGUUCUACAACACUUCAGAGCGCUGCUCAGCUCUGAUGGUCAAGAUCACCAACCAGAUGAUAGAAACCUGCAAGGGCUACAUCACCUGCAGGGGCCAAGAGAGCAUCUGGCAGCAGGAGCGCACCUUGAUCAAAGAGAAGCUCACGCAAUGCCUGGUCCUGAACAAGGUCUACCGCAAAACGUACCAUGUGGUCAAGAACCAAACCAUCCUGCCCUCUACACGGCCGUUCAAUUUUUCCGAGAACUACAUCUUCGGGAAGUUCGACGCGUUCUGCAGACGCCUGUCGAAGAUCAUUUCCAUGUUCGAUCUCAUUGAUGAUUACACUGGGCUGUUCCAAAGGCGAAUGGAAGGCCUCCUGCUGGGCGACGCUCUGGAAGACUCGAUGCAGAACUUCACGGAAACCAAGGCGCUGAUCGUCAACAAACAGUACGACUAUCUGGAUCAGCGCAAUCUGGUGUUCGAGCAGGAUUUCCAGAACUUUCUGGACCAUACCGAUGAGCUGAAGGACAAAAUCGCCGAUAUAAUCGAGGAGAAUUUCGAUAGCGUGUGGGAGACGCCGCAAGGUGUUCGCUUUUUGACGCGCUUCGAAAAAGUGAGCGAGAAAAUCCCGCUGGCCAAGCUGGACGAGAAGUACGACCGCAUAUUGAAGUACUGCGAGAAGGAGGUGGAUCGGAUCAUCAAAAUGUACAAGAAGCAGAAGGAUGACCCGCCGGUGCCCAGACUGUUUCCCCCUAUUGCCGGGAGGAUUAAAUGGGCCAGAUGUUUGGCUUCGCAUCUCGACGAGCUGCUGUCCAAUGUAACCACCCAUCAUGUGAUGAAGAGCUUGCCUGCCACUGUGGACUUAUCCAGGCGCCAUCGGGCAGCUGAAAACAUGUUCAGAACCUACGAAACCGACAUGGUGGCCUUGUGGAUGAACCAGCAUGUGUCCGAUGCGGACAAAUGCCUGACGAGACACCUGCUGGUUGUUUGUGCCGAACAGCAGAAGCUCAAAGUCAACCUGCACGCCACCAUUCCACUUCUCAUCAGAGAGACCGACUUGAUGAUGAAGAUGGAUCUUCCGGUUCCAAUGGUUGCCCUGACUUUAUAUGCCAAGCAGGACCAUUUCGCGUUGAUCCAGGACUCAUUGCAGUUCCUCAUCAACAACUUCCUGAAAGUCGUCAAGAGCGUCAAGUUGGAGGUGCGACCGCUCUUUCUGCCGCAUCUCAUCAAACUGUCCAAUCGGAUCGAGCCGGGAUUGACGCAUCUGGAUUGGGUGUCUGCAGACUGGCAGGCUUAUGUGGACUCGGCCAAUACGGCCAUCAAAAACUUCACAGUUUUGACCGACCGGAUUCACGACAUUUACAUCAACAGGGUGUUGGAAGUGCUCACUAGUAUGCAGGCCAUUCAGUUGCAUGCGCUGCCUGAUGAUGGCGAUUCAGCCUGGGGAAUCGAUGAUUUCUGCAAUCAAAUCGACGAAGUCUGCCAAUCGUCGGCCGAUGAGCUGCACAAAAGAUGCAUGAUGAUUGAGGAAGCCGUUGAGGAAAUCCUCCUGCUGGUGAAAACCGCCCGAAUAGACGACGAGGACGCGCCCAACGAAGAGGACACUUUUCUCUUCGCAGACGAGGACAAACCGCCCGACAUUGGAGGGACGUCCUCGCAACAGCAAUCCGAUUGGACGCUGGUGUGGGAGUGUUUCGAGAAGCCCCACCUCCUCCUCAGCGGAGGCAUGAGUAAGGCCAUGCACGACGUGGUGAGAGGAGCGGUGGGAGAGAUGAGGAGGUACUACACCCGGAAGGUGAUUGAUGUGCUGGUGAAGGUCACCAGACAGUCCUUGGACGCUUUGAGGAGGCGCUUUUGCAUAGAACGUGAGGCUUGCGUGGACGGUCACCCUCUGUUCAUUCUUAACGCCGUCCUGCUCAUCCCCAAAGUGGGCAUUCAACCCACUCUGGACGAAGUACAGGAAGUGCUGAAUCUGGCCGGGAAAAACAUCACGUCGGUGUCGAAAGGAGUGGGCCAGUGGGCCCGAAGCCAAGAGGUAAGUUCGACUUCGAACCAGAAAACCUCGAAAAGUUCACUCAAAAGCAAAGGCGACGACUUUCGGACUCGGCGCCGGAAACUGUACAGACUGAUGACGGAAGAGAAACCAACGUUUCCCCUACAGCAACGGAACUUCUUCAACCAUGUGAUGGAGAACAAGGAAGUGAUCAAGGCGCUUUCGCUGUUGACAUCUUGCACCCAAGAAAUGCGUGGCGAGAUGUCACAGUUUCUCUCGAGAUGGCGACCAUACAGCAUCUUGUGGAGAAACGAGAAGUCGCAGCGCGAACUCCUCAACUGCCAACUGGCGGAGUUCGAAACGGCCCUCCGAAAGCACGAAGAACUGAACGAACGACUGGCCACUGAACCGGACAUUUUCACCAUCACCAACUGCCUGGCCAUUUCCACUGAAAAGCUCAAGUACGGGAUCCAGACAGAGAUAAAGUCCUGCACUCAUCGAAUCGGACAAGCCAUGAAGAAGAAGUACCGAAGGGAAAUGGACUAUGUGUAUGCAGUCAUUAGCGAGAUGGAGCGCAAGCUCGAGAGGACCAUCAGAGACCUGGAUGAUGUUAGGAUGAUAAUGGACACUCUGAAGAAGAUCAGGGAGCAGGAGGUGGACAUGGAGCUGAAGAUCGAACCCAUUGAGGACGCCUUCAACGUGCUCAACCGAUUCGACGUCAGCGUCGAGCAAGAAAUCGUCGAGCAAGUGGACAACUUAAGGUACACGUGGAGGCAACUGUUGGCCAACGCCCUCAAGGUGCAGGUGAACCUUCUGGACAUGCAGCCCCAGUUCCAGAACGACCUCAAAAGCAACCUGGAACGGUUCAAACAGGACAAAAUCGACUACUGCAAUGAGUACCGCACGGCGGGCCCGAUGCAACCUGGACUCACCCCAAGGGAAGCCUCAGAUCGGCUAAUUCUUUUCCAGAAUCGCUUUGAUGGCAUGUGGAGAAAGCUGCAAACCUACCAAAGCGGGGAAGAGCUUUUCGGGUUGCCGACCACCGACUACCCAGACCUGGCGCAAAUCCGCAAGGAGCUCAACCUGCUCCAGAAGCUCUACAAGCUCUACAACGACGUAAUUGACAGAGUGAACAGCUACUACGACAUCCCGUGGGGCGAAGUGAACAUCGAGGAAAUCAACAACGAGCUGAUGGAGUUCCAGAACCGGUGCCGCAAGCUUCCCAAGGGCCUGAAAGAAUGGCCGGCGUUCUUCGCGCUGAAGAAAACUAUCGACGACUUCAACGACAUGUGCCCCCUGCUGGAGCUGAUGGCCAACAAGGCCAUGAAACCGCGCCACUGGCAGCGCAUCAUGGACUCCCUCAACCACAUCUUCGAGUUCGAAAACGAGGGCUUCUGCCUGAAGAACAUCCUGGAGGCGCCGCUGCUCCAACACAAGGAGGACAUUGAGGAUAUCUGCAUCUCCGCAAUGAAGGAGAAGGACAUCGAGGCCAAGCUGAGGCAAGUGACCAAUGAGUGGAGCGUGCAUGAGCUCACUUUCAUGACGUUCAACAACCGCGGCGAGCUCCUGCUUAGAGGGGACACCACGGCGGAGACCAUUGGUCAGCUGGAGGAUAGCUUGAUGAUUCUGGGCUCGUUGCUCUCCAAUCGCUACAAUGCGCCGUUCAAGAAACACAUCCAGCAAUGGGUGCACGAUCUCUCCAACACUAAUGAGAUACUAGAGCGAUGGCUAUUGGUGCAGAACAUGUGGGUGUAUUUGGAGGCGGUCUUUGUGGGCGGCGACAUUGCCAAACAGCUGCCCAAAGAGGCAAAGAGGUUUUCGAAAAUCGACAAAUCCUGGCAGAAAAUCAUGCAACGCGCCCAUGAAACGCCCGGAGUGGUGGCCUGCUGUGUUGGAGACGACAUGCUGAAACAACUGCUGCCCCACCUGCAAGAGCAGCUGGAGCUGUGCCAGAAGUCCCUGAGCGGCUACUUGGAGCGCAAGCGAAUGAUGUUUCCGCGAUUCUUCUUCGUAUCGGAUCCCGCCUUGCUGGAGAUUCUGGGCCAGGCCUCCGACUCGCAUACGAUCCAGAAUCAUCUACUCUCCAUCUUCGACAACACCAGGUACGUGAAGUUCCACGACAUCGAGUACAACAAGAUCACCUCAGUGGUGUCCUGCGAGGGCGAGACGAUCCAGCUGGAGAAAACAGUGAGGGCGGAAGGCAGUGUGGAGACUUGGCUCACUCAGCUGCUUCAAACCUCCCAAGCCUCCUUGCACUCGAUCAUUCGGACCGCCUACUCGGUGAUCAGCGAUGGAAACUUCCAGUUGCUGAGCUUCCUCGAUAAAAUGCCUGCCCAGGUGGGGCUGUUGGGGCUGCAAAUGAUCUGGACCAGAGACGCGGAGCUGGCGCUCCUCCAAGCCAGGCAUGAUAAGAAGAUCAUGCCCGAUACCAACAACCGGUUUUUAGAGCUACUGAAUACGCUCAUCGACCAAACCACUAGGGACUUGACGAAAAUCGAACGCACCAAGUUUGAGACCUUGAUCACCAUCCAUGUGCAUCAGCGGGACAUCUUCGACAUCCUGUGCCGCAUGAACAUCCGCCACGUAAACGACUUCGAGUGGCUCAAACAAUGCCGCUUCUACUUCAAAGAGGAACAGGACAAAACGCUCAUAGUCAUCACUGAUGUGAGCUUCUCCUACCAAAAUGAGUACUUGGGGUGUACUGAACGCCUGGUUAUCACCCCUUUGACCGACAGGUGCUACAUCACAUUGGCGCAAGCCUUGGCAAUGAGCAUGGGCGGGGCCCCUUGCGGCCCAGCUGGGACUGGCAAAACCGAAACCGUCAAAGACAUGGGGAAAACUCUGGCUAAAUAUGUGGUGGUGUUCAACUGUUCCGACCAAAUGGACUAUCGAGGCCUUGGCAGGAUUUACAAAGGUUUAGCCCAAUCAGGCUCCUGGGGCUGCUUCGACGAAUUCAACCGCAUUGAACUCCCAGUACUAUCAGUCGCUGCCCAGCAAGUAGCAGUGGUGCUGGCCAGCAAACGGGAGAAAAAGAAGACAUUCCAGUUCACCGACGGCGACAUUGUGGAGAUGUGUCCAGAAUUCGGCAUCUUCAUAACAAUGAACCCCGGCUACGCCGGCCGAAAGGAGCUACCCGAGAAUCUGAAAAUCCAGUUUCGCACUGUGGCCAUGAUGGUGCCCGAUCGGCAGAUCAUCAUCAGAGUGAAGUUGGCCAGCUGCGGUUUUCUGGAAAACAUCACUCUGGCCAGGAAGUUCUACACGUUGUACAAGUUAUGCGAGGAGCAGCUGACUAAACAAGUGCACUACGACUUUGGCCUGAGAAACAUCCUGUCGGUGCUCAGAAGCUUGGGCGCAGCCAAGCGAGUGAAUAACCGCGACUCGGAAAGCACCAUAGUGAUGCGGGUGCUUCGCGACAUGAACCUCAGCAAACUAAUCGAUGAGGACGAGCCGCUGUUCAUCUCCCUAGUGGCCGACCUUUUCCCCAACCAAUUUCUAGAGAAAACCGCCUAUCCAGAGCUGGAGGAGGCCAUCAACGCCCAAGUGGACAAGGCCGGCCUGGUCAACCAUCCCUCGUGGGCCUUGAAGCUGAUCCAGCUCUAUGAGACGCAAAGAGUCAGGCAUGGAAUCAUGACUCUCGGCCCUUCAGGGGCUGGAAAAACCAGCUGCAUCCAGAUUUUGAUGAAAUCACUCUCUCAGAUGGGCGACCAACAUAAGGAGAUGCGCAUGAAUCCAAAGGCCAUCACAGCCGCUCAGAUGUUUGGCCGACUGGAUGUGGCCACCAACGAUUGGACCGAUGGGAUCUUUUCGGCCUUGUGGAGGAAAACUUUGAAGAUCAAAAGCGGUGAGCACGUGUGGCUGGUUCUGGACGGCCCAGUGGACAGCAUCUGGAUUGAGAACUUGAACUCAGUUCUGGACGACAACAAGACUCUAACACUGGCCAACGGCGACCGGCUCUCAAUGGCGCCCACUUGCAAGAUCAUCUUCGAGCCGGAAAACAUCGACAACGCCUCUCCAGCCACCGUGUCCAGAAACGGCAUGGUCUACAUGAGCUCUUCCGGGCUCACCUGGAAACCGAUAGUGAGGGCGUGGCUGAAGCGGCGCAGCCUCAAAGAGCAGGAGGUCUUCACCAAGUUGUUCGACGACCAUUUCGGCGCCCUACAGAAUUGGGGAGCGCAAAACCUCACCCUGGUCAUGGACGUGUUGGAGUGCAACAUCAUUCUCCAAGUGAUCAACCUGCUAGAAGGCUUGAUCCCCAACCAAAACGAAGCCUCAGACGCCACAGACAUUUCCUCAGCAAAGUCUGACUUUGACGACGAGGAGGCCUUGGAGGAGACCGAGAAGGGGGAUGAGCGCAAAAUAUUCACUCCCGAUCACCUGGUGAAGUUGUUCAUUUUUGCCCUGACUUGGGGCAUGGGCGCCUACUUGGAGAGCGAGGAUAGGCUCAAGUACGACGUGUUUAUGAAGGAGGAUAUGUGCGAGUUGGGCUUGCCUCAGAACACCAGCAAACACCCAGAUGCUACGGUGUUCGACUAUGUGGUCAACUCAGAAGGGCAUUGGGUGAUGUGGAACAGCCUCGUUCCAAACUACGUGUACCCGGAAAUGGCAACUCCGGAGUUCGGCUCGAUUCUUAUCCCCAUUAUGGACAAUGUGCGCAUCAACUACUUGAUCGACACGAUUGCCAAGCAGGAGAAGGCAGUGAUGCUGAUAGGCGAGCAGGGAACGGCCAAAACUGUAAUGAUGAAGGCCUACAUGAAGAAAACCAAUCCGGAAGUCCACCUACACCGGGCGUUUAACUUCUCCAGCGCUACCACGCCCUUCCAGUUCCAGAAAACGAUCGAAAGCUACAUAGAGAAGCGCAUGGGGAACACGUUCGGGGCGCCCAAUGGGAAGAAGCUCAUCAUUUUCAUCGACGACAUCAACUUGCCGGAGAUCAACUGCUGGGGCGACCAGGUUACCAAUGAAAUCGUCAGACAGACGAUGGAUAUGGGCGGGUUUUACAGUCUGGAAAAGCCUGGGGAAUUCACCACUAUUGUGGACGUGCAGUUUGUAGGCGCAAUGGGCCAGCCGGGGGGCGGAAGAAACGACAUUCCCUCCAGACUAAAGCGCCAGUUCAGCAUCUUCAACUGCCCCCUACCCAUGGAUGCUUCCAUUGAUAAAAUAUUUGGAGUAAUCGCCCAAGGGCACUACAACGUGAAACGCGGCUUCACUUUGGAGGUGCGCAACCUGGUGAAGAAGCUCAUCUCUUUGACCAGGGUAUUGUGGAAGUGCACCAGAGAGAAACUCCUGCCUACCCCAGCCAAGUUCCACUACGUAUUCUCCCUUAGGGAUCUAUCCAGGAUCUGGCAAGGGAUGGUUGGGACAUUGUCGACUGUAAUCGAGUCCGAGGGCUGCAUGAUGGAGCUGUGGAAGCACGAGUGCGCCCGAGUAUUCUCCGACCGAUUCACCAUCGAGGAUGACAAGACCUGGUUCAACGCCCAGCUGCUGCAGCUGGUCGAAGAUCAUCUGGGCGCCAAUAUGCGCGCCAAAGCCGAACCCGAUCCGGUUUUCGUCGAUUUUAUGAGGGAUGCUCCGGAGCCCACUGGGGAAGAGGGCGAGGACGCCGACAUGGAGCUCCCGAAAGUUUACGAGCCGGUGAACAGCCACCUGGAGCUUCGGGAGCGUUUGGAAAUGUUCCUGGCGCAGUUCAAUGAGAUGGUGCGCGGUAACGGCAUGGAUCUGGUCUUUUUCCCCGAUGCAAUGCUUCACUUGGUGAAAGUUUCCAGAGUGAUCAGGCACCCGAGAGGAAACGUCAUGCUUGUCGGAGUGGGCGGCAGCGGCAAGCAGUCUUUAACCAAGCUCUCCUCAUUCAUUGCCGGGUACAAAACAUUCCAGAUCACCCUCACGAGGUCGUACAACAUCGGCAACUUCCUAGAGGACCUCAAGGUGCUCUACCGGUCCUGCGGCUGCAGCGGAAAGGGCACCACUUUUAUCUUCACCGACCUGGACAUCAAGGAGGAGGGUUUUCUGGAAUACCUGAACAACAUCCUGUCCUCGGGCGUGAUUUCCAAUCUGUUCACCAAGGAUGAGCAGGCGGAAAUUAUCCAGGAACUCACCCCCGUUAUGAAGCGGGAGAACCCAAAGCGCACUCUCAAUCCAGAGGUGGUGAUGGAGUAUUUCAUGAACCGCACCUGUCAGAAUCUUCACGUGGUUUUCUGCUUUUCGCCCGUUGGGGAAAAGUUCCGGAAUCGGGCACUCCGAUUCCCCGCACUCACCUCUGGAUGCACCAUCGACUGGUUCCAGCCGUGGCCCAAGGACGCCCUCAUCUCUGUAGCCAGACAUUUCCUCACAGAGUUCCAAAUAGCCUGCAGUGAGCAGGUGAAGGAGGAGCUGGUGAACGCUUUGGGCUCCAUACAGGACGUGGUUGCCGCCACUUCGCUCGAGUACUUUCAGCGGUUCCGUCGAGCCACUCAUGUAACCCCGAAAUCCUACCUCAACUUCAUCGCCGGCUACAAGAGCAUCUACAACAGCAAGCAGAAGGAGCUGAGUGAAGGGGCCCUUCGCAUGGACACCGGCCUGGAAAAACUGGCGGAAGCCUCCUCCUCUGUGCUGAUUUUGAAGAAAGAGCUAGCCGUGAUGGAGAAGGAGCUGGCCGAUGCUUCGCAACGAGCCGAACGGGUUUUGACCGAGGUCACUGAGCGGGCGAUGCAGGCGGAAAUUGUCAAAAACCAAGUGCAGAAAGUGAAGGAAAAGGCUGAGGCUCUAGUGUCGAGCAUCGCGGUCGAAAAAGCCCUAGCGGAACAGAAGUUGGAGGCUGCCAAACCAGCCCUGGAGGAGGCUGAAGCUGCCUUAAACACCAUCAAGCCUGCCCAUAUUGCCACUGUACGCAAACUGGGCAGACCUCCACACCUCAUCAUGAGGAUCAUGGACUGCGUGCUGAUUCUUUUCCAGAGGAAGCUCCAUCCAAUCAUCGCAGACACGGCUGCUCCAUGCCCCAAACCCUCCUGGGCCGAGUCCUUGAAGAUGAUGGCGUCAACCACCUUCUUGCUCCAGCUUCAGAACUACCCGAAAGACAUAAUCAACAACGAAAUGGUUGAGCUGUUGCAGCCCUACUUUGAAAUGGAGGACUACAACAUGGACACAGCCAAAAGAGUCUGUGGGGACGUUGCAGGGUUGCUGUCCUGGACCAAGGCGAUGGCCUUUUUCCAUAGUGUGAACCGCGAGGUCUUGCCCCUAAAGGCCAACCUGACCAUGCAAGAGGCUCGGCUGAAGUUAGCGAUGGAGGAUCUGGCAGCUGCCCAACAGCAACUGGAGGAACGUGAGCAGUCGCUGCGCCAAGUCAAAGAGCAAUACGACAGCGCAGUGAUGGAGAAGCAAAGAUUGACCGAUGCUGCCAACUUGUGCUUGAGGAAAAUGAACACUGCAACCACCCUUAUCAAAGGUCUGGGGGGAGAGAAAGUGAGGUGGACGCAACAGAGCAAGGAUUUCAAGGAACAGCUAGGACGACUGGUUGGGGAUGUUUUGCUAGCCACAGGCUUCCUGUCCUACUGCGGGCCGUAUAAUCAAGAGUUUCGUGCAGGACUAGUCAACACUUGGAUGGACAUUCUCUCUUCCAGGUCCAUCCCAUACACUGUAGGUUUGAACAUCACCAACAUGCUGGUGGAAAACGCCACUGUGUCCGAGUGGACGUUGCAGGGACUGCCCAACGACGAACUCUCCGUCCAGAAUGCCUUGAUUGUGACCAAGUCCAGAUCAUUUCCGCUACUGAUUGAUCCGCAAAACCAAGGCAAGAUGUGGAUCAAGAACAAGGAGUCCAACAACAAUCUGCAGAUCACUAGUUUGAAUCACAAAUACUUCCGAACGCAUGUUGAGGACUGUUUGUCCCUGGGUAAGCCGCUGCUAAUAGAGGACAUUGACAUUGAGCUGGAUCCAGUCCUGGACAAUGUUCUGGAGAAGAACUUUAUCAAAUCGGGGAGUAUUGAAAAGGUGAUUGUUGGGGACAAGGAGUGCGAUGUUCUCAAAGGCUUCAUGUUGUAUAUCACCACGAAGCUCCCGAAUCCGCCCUACUCUCCGGAAAUUAGCGCCAAGACCUCCAUUAUUGACUUCACUGUGACCAUGCUGGGUCUGGAGGACCAGUUGUUGGGUCGGGUGAUUUUGAUGGAAAAGUCCGAUUUGGAGGCGGAAAGAGUGGCUCUCUUCGAAUCGGUGAUGCAGAACCAAAAGAGCAUGAAGGAGCUGGAAACCAACCUACUGAGCCGCCUCAACUCGACCGAAGGAUCUUUGGUUGAUGAUGAGGAGCUGAUCAACGUGCUUCAAGUGACCAAAACCACAGCCGAAGAAGUGACGCAAAAGCUACAAGUAUCAGUCCAGACGGAGAAGAAAAUCAACAUCGCCCGCGAAGAGUUUCGCGCUGUUGCAGCCCGAGGCUCCAUCCUCUACUUCCUAAUCGUCGAAAUGAGCAACGUGAACGUGAUGUACCAAAACUCCUUGAAGCAGUUCCUCAUCAUCUUCGACAACUCUAUCACCAAGUCGGAGAAAAGCACCAACACUUCUGAGCGCAUCAAUAUCAUCCUCAAAUAUUUAACUUAUGAGGUUUGGACCUUCACGCAACGAAGCCUCUACGAGCGCCACAAAGCCCUCUUCACCUUGAUGAUGGCCAUGAAGAUCGAUCUGCACAAGGGAGUGAUCACUCAUGAGGAAUUCAUGGCUUUUAUCAAGGGCGGGGCUUCGUUGGACCUCAACGCCGUCCAACCAAAGCCCUUUAGGUGGAUUCUGGAUAUCACCUGGCUGAAUUUGGUUGAAAUCAACAAGCUGACCAUUUUUGCAGAUAUUUUAACCAAGAUUGAAACAAACGAAAAAGACUGGCGGCUAUGGUACGAAAAGGAAAAGCCUGAAGAAGAAGAAAUCCCCUGCGGUUACCACAAGAACCUGGAUGUGUUUCGCAAGCUGCUCCUCAUCAGAUCUUGGAGCCCCGACAGGACCCUGUCCCAGGCCAGGAAGUAUAUUAUGGACUCUCUGGGAAAUGAAUACGGCGAGCCCUGCAUUCUAGACCUAGAAGCCACUUGGCUGGAAUCCGAGCCCCGGACGCCUCUAAUAUGCAUAUUGUCCAUAGGCUCGGACCCUUCACCGCAAAUCGCCAUUCUAGCCAAACUUAAAGAGAUUACCUUAAAAUCCGUGUCCAUGGGACAAGGACAGGAAAUUGUGGCCAAAGACUUGAUAGAGAACGCCAUUCAACACGGAGGCUGGGUGCUUCUACAGAACAUCCACCUCUCUCUUCCUUUUGCCAGUGAGGUGAUGACAAUGAUAAUGGACGCGGAAAGGAUUGAUGAAACCUUCAGAAUCUGGCUCACUACGGAGGUGCAUGAGCAGUUCCCUAUCGGGCUGCUUCAGAUGGCCAUCAAGUUCACCAACGAGCCUCCUCAAGGCAUCAGAGCCAGCUUGAAGAGAACCUACCAGAACAUCACCCAAGAUUUCCUGGACUAUUCCACCCAGUCCCAAUGGCCUCCAUUGCUCUAUGCCGUCGCUUUUCUGCACACAGUGGUGCAAGAGAGGAGGAAAUUUGGACCACUUGGCUGGAACGUUCCAUAUGAGUUCAACCAGGCAGACUUUGCCGCCAGUGUUCAGUUCAUCCAGAACCACUUGGAUGAUAUGGAUCCGAAGAAGGGAGUCUCUUGGCCUACAGUCUGCUACAUGUUGGGAGAGGUUCAGUAUGGAGGCAGAGUAACCGAUGACUUCGAUAAACGCCUGCUAACUACCUUCACCCAGGUGUGGUUUUGCGACGUCCUGCUGCGGCCAGGAUUCGAGUUUUACAGGAACUACAAAGUGCCUCAAACCCGCAACCUCCAAGGCUACAUUGAUUAUAUCAACGCUCUACCGGCUACCGACACUCCGGAGGUGUUUGGACUGCAUGGAAAUGCCGAUAUUACAUAUCAGAUCAACACCGCUAAAGGUAUUCUGGAUACCAUAUUGAACGUCCAGCCCAAGGAAGGAGGAGGAGGAGGCGGCGAAACUCGGGAAAGUGUGGUGUACUGUCUAGCUGAAGACAUGCUGGAUAAAUUGCCAGCACUGUACAACAACUUUGAGGUCAAAGAGGCGCUGAACCGAAUGGGGGCGUUGCUGCCCAUGAACAUCUUCCUCAGGCAGGAGAUCGAUCGUAUCCAGAAAGUGAUCAGAGAGGUGAAAUCGACGCUUUCCGACCUGAAACUGGCCAUCGACGGCACUAUAGUGAUGAGCCAGAACCUACGCGAGUCUCUGGACGCCAUGUACGAUGCCCGAAUUCCCGAAAAGUGGCUCAAGAUAUCCUGGGAGUCUGCAACGCUCGGGUUUUGGUACACCGAACUCCUGGAACGCGACGUCCAAUUCAGGACGUGGUGCAACCAUGGAAGACCCAACGCCUACUGGAUGACGGGGUUCUUCAACCCUCAAGGGUUCCUCACGGCUAUGCGACAAGAUGUUACCAGGGCACAUAAGGGGUGGGCUCUGGAUUCUGUGGUGUUGCAAAACUUGGUCACCAAGUACAACCGGGAGGACAUCAAGGAGGGUCCUCAGGAGGGCGUCUAUGUUUAUGGGUUGUUCUUGGAAGGAGCGGGGCUGGAUAGGAGAACGGGAAAACUCAUUGAGAGCAAGCCCAAGGUUCUCUACGAGCAAAUGCCAGUGACGUACAUCUACGCAAUCAACACCACUGCCGGUAAAGACGCGAAAUUGUACGAGUGCCCGAUUUACCGCAAGCCGCAAAGAACAGACGCCAAGUAUGUAGGCAGUAUCGACUUUGAGACCGACCAUAAUCCGCGCCACUGGACUCUAAGGGGCGUAGCCCUGUUAUGCGAUAUUAAAUAAAUAAUUGUGAAUGGAGUCUACUGAACUUUUGCAGCUCCUUUUGGCUGUUUAAUUCAAAUAGCAUUUGUGAACCA